GGGGUGGCGCGCGCGCCAUUUCUAGUCGUUUUCAAAGCGCCUCGCGCUGAUUCUCACGGGCCAGGUCGCCGGCCCCCCGCUCUGCCCUGCAGCAUAAUAAAAUGGCUAAUCAGGUGAAUGGUAAUGCGGUACAGUUAAAAGAAGAGGAAGAACCAAUGGAUACUUCCAGUGUAACUCACACAGAACACUACAAGACACUGAUAGAGGCAGGCCUCCCACAGAAGGUGGCAGAAAGACUUGAUGAAAUAUUUCAGACAGGGUUGGUAGCUUAUGUCGAUCUUGAUGAAAGAGCCAUUGAUGCUCUCAGGGAAUUUAAUGAAGAAGGAGCUCUGUCUGUACUACAGCAGUUCAAAGAAAGUGACUUAUCUCAUGUUCAGAACAAAAGUGCAUUUUUAUGUGGAGUUAUGAAGACCUACAGGCAAAGAGAGAAACAAGGCAGCAAGGUACAAGAGUCCACGAAAGGGCCCGAUGAAGCAAAGAUCAAGGCCUUGCUUGAGAGGACUGGUUAUACUUUGGAUGUAACCACAGGACAGAGGAAGUAUGGUGGUCCUCCACCAGACACUGUGUACUCGGGUGUGCAGCCUGGGAUUGGAACAGAGGUCUUCGUAGGUAAAAUUCCAAGAGACUUGUAUGAGGAUGAGUUGGUGCCCCUUUUUGAGAAGGCUGGUCCUAUCUGGGAUCUACGCCUCAUGAUGGAUCCACUCUCUGGUCAGAACAGAGGCUAUGCAUUUAUCACCUUCUGUGGAAAAGAAGCUGCCCAGGAAGCAGUUAAACUGUGUGACAGCUAUGAGAUUCGCCCUGGUAAACACCUGGGAGUGUGCAUUUCUGUGGCAAACAACAGACUUUUUGUUGGAUCCAUUCCAAAGAAUAAAACUAAAGAGAACAUUCUGGAAGAGUUCAGUAAAGUUACAGGUAAAACAAAAAUGCAUUUAGAAGCUAUGGAUGAAAUGAAUGGAAAAGAAAUAGAAGGGGAAGAAAUUGAAAUUGUCUUAGCUAAGCCACCUGACAAGAAAAGGAAAGAGCGUCAAGCUGCUAGACAGGCCUCCAGAAGCACUGCGUACGAAGAUUAUUAUUAUCACCCUCCUCCCCGAAUGCCACCUCCAAUGAGAGGUCGGGGUCGUGGAGGGAGAGGUGGAUAUGGCUACCCUCCAGAUUAUUACGGUUAUGAAGACUACUAUGAUGAUUACUAUGGUUAUGACUAUCACGACUACCGUGGAGGCUAUGAAGAUCCCUACUACGGCUAUGAUGAUGGCUAUGCAGUAAGAGGAAGAGGAGGAGGAAGGGGGGGGCGAGGUGCUCCACCACCACCAAGGGGGCGGGGAGCACCACCUCCAAGAGGUAGAGCUGGCUAUUCACAGAGGGGGGCACCUUUGGGACCACCAAGAGGCUCAAGGGGUGGCAGAGGGGGUCCUGCACAACAGCAGAGAGGCCGUGGUUCUCGUGGAGCUCGGGGCAAUCGAGGGGGCAAUGUAGGAGGCAAGAGGAAGGCAGAUGGGUACAGCCAGCCUGAUUCCAAACGUCGUCAGACCAACAACCAACAGAACUGGGGGUCCCAGCCCAUCGCUCAGCAGCCGCUUCAGCAAGGUGGUGACUAUUCUGGUAACUAUGGUUACAAUAAUGACAACCAAGAAUUUUAUCAGGAUACUUAUGGGCAACAGUGGAAAUAGACAAGUGAGGGCUUGAAAACGAUUCUGUCAAGAUCCAAUUGGCUCUAGAUCUACAUCCUUCAAACAAAAUUGGCGUAACUGUUUCAUCUUUAAGUAGCAGUUUGCUGCCAUUUGUAUUCAGCUGAAGAAGUCACUAUUGUGUAUAUACUCAAGGCUUCUUAUUUUUCUUCUUUUCUAAAUGCUCUUGGACAUUAUUGGGCUUGCAGAGUUCCCUUAUUCUGGGGUUACAAUGCUUUUAUCGUUCCAAGCUUCAUCUUAGCUUCAGAACAAACUGUUAAAUCAUGAUUUUGCAGAACCUUUGGUUUGGACAGUUCUGGUUUUUGGAUUUGGAAUAGAUUACAUAGGAGUCUGAAGUAUGCUGUAAAUAAAAAUGCAAGCCAGUGCUUUGUCUUAGUAGUUUUAAGAAAUUAAAGCAAACAGACUUAAGUUUCCUUGUAUUGAAAGUAACCUAUGACUGUAUGUUUUGCAUUCCUAGAAGCAGGUUAACUGUGUUUUUAAAUUGUUAUAAUCACACCUUUUUGAAAUCUGCCCUACAAAAUUUGUUUGGCUUAAACGUCAAAGCCGUGACAAUUUGUUCUUUGAUGUGAUUGUAUUUCCAAUUUCUUGUUCAUGUAAGAUUUCAAUAAAACUCAAAAAUCUAUUCAAAACA